CUUCAGCGUGUCCCGCCUUCACCUCCUGCUGAUGCAUGCGGGCAUAACGACGGUUACCAUCCAUGAUAAAGCCGACAUGUUUGGGAACAGGGCCCGAAGCGAGGAUACGAAGGAGAAUAUCUUGUGCUUUGGCGGAUACCCAGCCAAGGCUGCGUGAAAUGAAGUCAGACAUCAUCGGAACCAAAAGGAUAGAGCAUUAACCGUGGGAAAGUAAGCUACCUUAACUUUGACCUCGAUCAAAGGCGCAUCAAUUCCUACUGAGCCGCCUUCAUUGACAUCGACCUUUCACUUUCUAGCCGCCAUGGGUGCCUACAAACGCAAAGCCGACAUUGUUAUCAGCGACGACGAGGAUGACUAUAGAGGCUGGGUGCCCACAGUACCCGCCCCAAGCACUUAUUCAGCCUAUGGUUCAUAUACUGGAUACUACCCAGGGGCUCAAGCUUCGACAAGUUCCUUUCGUGCCGGCUCGUAUACCAAUCCUAUAGUGAUACCCGACUCUCCUCCUCCGGUACCAGCUGCCAAGGCACCCCCUGCUAAGCGUCGGAGGAAGCAGAAGGACCCUGAUACGCGGAUUCCAGAGAAGCGGCUGGCGAUAUUUAAGAAGAAAUGUCCAAUGGCAAUACGCGAACGUGCUGAACGUGUUGCCACCCAAAGGAUGUAUAUGAUUGAUCGGGCACGAAAUGGGGCAGAGCUGAAGGAAACAUUCAGUGUCCUUGGGUCUACCGGCAAUGUAUAUACAGUGGUUAUUGACAAAUUACCAUCAUGUAAUUGUCCUGAUGCGCUGAAGGGAAAUCAUUGCAAACAUAUUCUCUUCAUAUUUCUCAAAGUUCUUCAAGUAACACAGGACUCCGGAUACUGGUACCAAAAGGCUCUUCUGACAAGCGAAUUGGAUGAUAUCUUCUCGAACGCACCCCUGGCUCCUGCGUCUGCUGUCAACACUCGUGUUCAGGAAGCUUAUGCCAGUGCCACUGGCAAACGUGCCUCGUCCUCGUCCCAAGGAGUCAAGAAGCGUAUGCCAGAAAAGGAUACCGACUGCCCAGUGUGCUAUGAGAGUAUGUAUGGCACCGCCGAGAGCACUCUCGUUUUCUGCGAGAGUUGUGGUAAUGCUCUACAUAAGGACUGUUUCCAACAAUGGGCGAAGGCAACUAGGGGUAAUGUCAAUUGCGUAUUCUGUCGAGCACCCUGGGCACCAGCCACGUCUGCUAGUGGGUCGAGAAGUGCUUCUGGUGGCAUCCGUACUUCAGAAGGCUACGUGAACCUUGCGGGCGUCGCAGGUCUAAGUCCCGUGCGUGACACCAGUACUUAUUAUCACGGUCCUCGAAGAGGACAGACGCACUAUGGAUAUGAAGACUACGAUUCAUAUUAUUAGCUUACUGCGUAUCUUCUGUUUGGAUCGGGCUCAUGACCAUACUUAAAGCAUUAAACAUUCCUAAUGACAUCUCUCCUCACUUAGUACUUUAGUUUUGCUUCUUUGAUACACCUGGAUCUUUAACUUAGACUACACACACUAUUUUCUUGAUGACAUAUUCUGUAACACGCUAGCCUGAAAUCAACUUGGCAGGACCCACCCACUACGGGUGCCUUGACAAAUCUCA